AUGAAUCCUCCGCGGAGAGGAAGAGGUGACGCGGAGCUCCGCGGAGCCCUUAAAGUCACCAUGGAAUGGGUGGUUGCAAGAGUUUUAGCGACGGUUUUUUGUGAUACAAACGACGAAGCAGAUGUUCAUCAACUCAGAAAUGUAAUUUCUGAAACGAAGGAGAUUGUGCAUUUGUAUCUUGAGGUGCUUGAGGGUAGGGUUGAACAGACAGAAGUUGUUGACAAGAUUGUACCAUACAAUGUUGAAAACAUUGUGUCUGAUAAUGUUGAAGAGUGUCCACAAGAAGAAACUGUGGCAUUGAAUACAGUGGAAGAAGAAAAUUUAUAUGAGUUUGGAAGAUUGUGUGACAAAACUGAUGGGUUUUGGUCAUAA